AGGAAGAUAUAAAAUGGUUAUACACAAUCGAAGCCCUCCGAACUUCCUAUCUAAAACCUAGCGGCUGCUCUGUUAGUUUCCUUAUCAACUUUUCAUGGACAAAGAAGGCAUGAGGCUCAAAAAAUGCUCCACAUCCACCGAUGUUGAGCACACACAUGACCCCAGUGAUUCGAGGACAGGCGAAAAGAAGCGCAAGAGAUCCACCGUUCACGAGGCCACCAAACAUUCGCGGAAAGUGAAAAAAGUUCGAGCGUCCAGAAAAAAGACUGCUGUUCAUGAUGCCACUAUUGGUAGACUGGCCGCAAGCAUAAAAGAGGCCCAUGAUGAAAUCACAGAGUUGAGAGAAUCUAUCGAAGAGAUGACUAAAACUAUGAAAAAACAACAUGAGACAUUAUUGACAAUGGCUGGAGCUAUGAAAAACCUACCGGUGAAAGAAACCUCAAAAGAAAAGUCCACAAUCGAAAGAGAGUGUGCUUUGGCACGGAAGUAUCAACCAAAUAAUAAGAAUACCAUUUUCGUUAAGGGAUAUGAUCCCUCUAUGCGUAGGGAUAAAGUCGAGAAGGCAUUGAUUGAACAUUUUGGUUCAUGUGGAGAGAUCACAAGGGUGUUUGUUCCCUUCAAGUGUUACAGCCUUACUAGCUUAGGAUUUGCUUUCAUUGAUCUGAAAGAAGAUCAUAGGAAGGCUUUGCUACUUGAUGGAAGUUACAUGGGAGGAAGGAAGCUUGAAGUUACGAUGGCUUUUGACAGGGAAGAAUUUAAUCCUUACGAAACUAUUAGUGGGUGUUCAGAUUGUAGGCGUAAUGUGCUCAAACGCACUAAAAGGAGCUUUUAUGGCUCUGGCGUAUUUCGGCCAAUUAGAAAAUUCUCAUCACCUUCAAGUCUACACAGACUAUCCUGAUAACCUUAAUCAACAAGCAGGAGAUGGACAUCUCUCUUCAAAAUAUUCUUCAUGAUAUCUUGCUGUUGUAAAACUCUUUUGUUGUAGUUUCUUUUCAUUCUAUCUCUCGUGCUGCAAACUCACUUGCUGACAACCUUGCGAAGUCAGCCUUGCUUGAGUUGCAGACUCUUUUAUUAAGUAAUGCAUUUGUUUGAUCAAAAAAAAAAAGUUCUUGAUAUUUUAA